AUGAAGAUCACCACCUUCCUUACUUCCGCUCUCGCUGGCGCCGUCGCUGCCCGCGAUAGCGUCUACCUCGUAAACUCCUACAAGGGUAGUGAGAUUUCUAGCGGCAUAGCAUAUUAUGCCGAUGGACAUUCUGCAACCGGAGGAUCCCGUCCUGAUGACUAUGUUGACGUCGUUCAUGGAAGCAACAUCAUCUGGGAAGGUCGAACGGUGAAGGGCACUUUCAGCAGUGGUGUGUCCUUUACAUCAAGCAUUUUUGCAGAUGCAGGCGGUAAGCAGGGAAAUGCUUGGGCUGGUACGGGAACGAACGGGUUUCACAUAUACAACUUGUAA